AUGACUGGCCACCACAGUUGGGGAUAUGGGCGGGAUGACGGACCUUCCGAGUGGCACAAAUCCUACCCUAUUGCCCAAGGGAGCCGCCAGUCACCCAUUGAUAUAGUCUCUGCCAGAGCAGUGUACGACCCUAGUCUGAAGCCACUUCUCAUCUCCUAUGAAUCGUGUACAUCACUCAGCAUCUCCAACAAUGGCCAUUCAGUUAUCGUUGAGUUUGAAGAUACUGAUGACAGGACAGUCAUCAGUGGUGGUCCCUUUGAGAAUCCCUUUCGGCUGAAGCAGUUCCACUUUCACUGGGGGACAAAGCAUAGCCAGGGCUCGGAGCACACAGUGGAUGGCAAACCUUUUCCCUGUGAGCUCCACUUAGUUCACUGGAAUGCCAGGAAAUAUGAAACAUUUGGAGAAGCAGCAGCAGCUCCAGAUGGCUUGGCAGUAGUUGGUGUUUUCUUGGAGAUUGGGAAAGAACAUGCCAAUAUGAACAGACUCACUGAUGCUUUGUACAUGGUAAAAUUCAAAGGAACAAAAGCCCAAUUUAGAAGCUUCAACCCCAAAUGUCUCCUGCCUUUGAAUCUAGAUUAUUGGACAUACCUUGGUUCUUUGACAACACCACCCCUUAAUGAGAGUGUGACAUGGAUAAUACUGAAAGAACCCAUCAGAAUUUCUGAGAAACAGCUGGAGAAAUUCCGCAUGCUCCUCUUCACCACUGAGGAAGACCAAAGGAUCCAAAUGGUGAAUAACUUUCGUCCUCCUCAGCCUCUUAAAGGGAGAGUGGUUCGAGCUUCCUUCAAGGCCUGA